AUGUCCUGCCAGCAGAACCAGCAGCAGUGCCAGCCCCCUCCCAAGUGCCCUCCCAAGUGUCCGUGCCCCGCCCCAAAAUGCCCCCCAAUGUGUCCCCCAAAAUGCCCCCCAAAGUGCCCUCCAGUCUCCUCCUGCUGCAGUGUCAGCUCUGGGGGCUGCUGUAGCUCUGGGCACGGGGGCUGCUGCAGCUCUGGGCACGGGGGCUGCUGCCUGAGCCACCACAGGCGCCACAGGUCCCACCGCAACAGACACCGGAGCUCUGACUACUGCCAGCCUUCAGGGGGCUCCAGCUGCUGUGGUGGGGGGAGCUCCAGCUGCUGCGGAGGGGGCAGUGGUCAGGCCUCUGGAGGCUCGUGCUGCUGAAGUGGACCCUGAGCCAGGAAAAGCAGACAUGGGGACAGCAGAUGGCCAAAUCCUUCCUCUUCUUCCUGCGGUAGCUGGGCUCACCUGAGUGGCUAAGAUGUCCCAGUGAAGUUUCCAAUCUCUGGCCUAGCGAAUCCCUCUGCCCUGGGAUGCAGAAGCCUGAAUCUUCUCCCAAAAAUCUGUCUGCUGACCUCUUCCAUCAGUUUUAUCAUCUGUCCUGGGAUUUCAAAACCACGGGCUCUGACUCACUCCCCAGCUAAUCUUCUUGCCGCCUGCAGUC